AUGAAAGCGUACUUGGAAGGAGCGACUGAUGAGCGAAACAGUGAGAAAAUUGAGAAAACUUUUAAGUUGUUUCCGCCAGCUCCGUGUUGCUCGCGUACCCCGGGAGUGAUAAAAUCUUUGUUGUAUAAUGGCUCGAGAUUCCAGGGUCAUCAGAAAUCGAAAGGAAAUAGUUACGAAGUUGAAGUGAUCCUCCAGCUUGUGACAGCGUCUCGGCAUUUCGUGCAGCAUGUGGAUGAGCAAAAUUCGUACCUGUGCGGAUAUCUUCGGAUAAAGGGGCUGACCGAGGAAUAUCCGGUGUUGACGACAUUUUUUGAUGGGGAGAUUAUCAGCAGAAAAUAUCCAUUCCUAACACGGAAGUGGGAUGCCGAUGAAGAUGUCGAUAGAAAGCAUUGGAGCAAGUUCCUAUCGUUCUUACCGUACACGAAGACGUUUAAUACAGACGCGUUUAACUACGAUUGCCUGAAAACUUCCGAUUACGUUUUCAUGCGAUGGAAAGAGCAUUUCCUCAUACCAGACCACACCGUUCCAGUCGCUUACAUUGACCCAUGUCGCCGACCGAAGUCCACAAGUAUACGAAUUCCGUUGAAGUUUUCGAAACUUGCCAGUCGAGGAGUUGCCGAAUUACUUCGUCGCGCGAAAAUCAGAACUGAAGUUUUGAUGCAGCAGAAAUUGAUUUUACUGAUUCGACCCCUUUCCGUUGGUUUAUCGAUAGAAUCAAAUUGCGACGGUUGCUCAUCAAUGGCUGAACUUUUGCUGGAUAGCCACAUUCGGACGUGGGUCUUUUUACCAAUAGUAAUAAUCACUUUCUUGGUUGGAAUUAUCCGGCAUUACAUUGCGGUUCUUCUGUCAAGCCAGAAGAAAGUCGACCUGCAGCAAGUUCAAGACAGUCAAGCUAUCAUUAGAGCUCGAGUUCUCCGAGAAAAUGGAAAAUACAUUCCAAGAAAUUCAUACCUCAUGCGGCAUCAUUUUUUCAACGACGAAAGCAAUGGCUACUUCAAGCAUAAACACAGGCCUCCAACCCAACCUAACCCCAUGGAUCCGAACAUGAUGACAGAAAUGCUGAAAGGAAACGUUACUAAUGUUCUUCCCAUGUUGUUGUUGACGAAUCCCUGGUUUUCUUUCACAGCGAAGGUUCCAUUUCCGCUGACGUUGCGGUUUAAACCCAUGCUGCAGAGAGGAAUUGAACUGCUGUACUUGGAUGCCUCUUGGGUUUCUUCUGCGUCAUGGUAUUUCCUGAAUGUGUUCGGGUUGAGAAGCAUUUAUGCUCUAGUUCUAGGAGAAAACCAUGCUGCUGAUCAAGCGAGACUGAUGGAAGAGCAGAUGUCCGGAGCAGCAGCAGCCAUGGGACAGCAAGAUCCCAAAGCAGCAUUCAAGGCAGAAUGGGAAGCCCUGGAGAUCUCCCAGCAUCAAUGGGCUUUGAAGAAUGUGGAGCAAACUCUCCUUGCGUCUUCAAAUGUGGCUGUUUUAAAUAGUGCAGCUCAAUACGAGCAGCAAACUGCGGAUUUAUAUGCACAGAAUCGUUGAUCUGUCCGCGUUGGAAUCAUUAUUACUUUCAAAUUCUCCCUCAUUCUAGUCCCGGAAUUGCGAAAAUAAGUUUUUUUCUUUCGGUGAA